AUGCCUCAACCCUUGUUUGAUAGAAUUGCCACUCUUAUAAAUGAGGCUUAUCUGGCACAUUCGUCUAGCGUUAAAGUGACUAACUUACUUCAGGUGAAGGAGUUGCUUAUUCAUCGGGAAUGCUCUCUGUUGGAUAGCUUUUUUGAGGAAGUUGUCAAGUUUCAACAUGAUCCAAAUUCUGAAGUAAAAAAGGCUGUGAUUAGUUUUAUCGAAGAUGCCUGCCGCGUUGAUACCGGUCUCUUAAAAGAGCAGUGGGGUCCCUUUUUUAUCUGUUUUCCACGGCGAUACAACAGGAACCCCCCAAUGAUUCCAAUAUAUCGAACUGCGUUAUCACGAGCCGUCAGGGUUGGAAUAGUAGAUUCUGGUAUUUCAGUGGGUGGUGGCAGUGGAAUAAUCGCUAAUUCAACAGCUGAUAUAGCUCUGGAAACCUUUCGAAGCGUUGCUGGGCUUAAAGAUGAAAUUGUUCGGUUGAUGUUGCCAUUGGAAGUUUCUGGGACGUCGGUUUUUGGUCAGUAUCAUGCUUCAAUCUCUAACGAUGCAAUACGAAUCCAAGCAAUCAGUCUCAUUGAAUGUGUGAUUAUUCUGCAUUCGCGUCGGUUGCCCAACUCUGAAAUACCACCAGCCAAUGAGGGUGACAUUUCCUUGGAUCAAAUCCCGGUACUUACCAAUACUCAACUGCAAGCUAUCCUAGAAGCCAGUACAGCUGCAUCUUCAGCCACACUUCUUCCAGGUGUUUGCUUAGUUAGACCUCAUAGAUUAGCUGAAGAAGCCGAACGUUUGUUUAUCGGAUUAUCAAGUUGGCCAGUGCGUGGGAAACCUACUACAACUUCUGGAUCAGUCACGUGCCCAGUUCUUGAAGCAGUAAUGGAUUCUUUGGUAAAUAUUGCAAGACAAAGGCCUCAGUUUAUGGAUCGUGUUGUACAGGCGUUCGAAACAGUUCAUGUAACUUUACCGCCUCAUUUCUCGGAUAAUCAAGUUAGCUCUGUGAGAAAGAAGUUGAAAAAUGGUCUUUUACAAUUACUAAGACAUCCAGCAGCUGUAUCAGAUUUCCAAGGUCGAAUAACUAUAUUACUCACAGAUCUCGGUGCUACUCAAGUGGAAGUUCUACAAGCAUUGCAAAGCCAUACGGAGUUGUCUCGUUCACGCCUUUAUCCCGAUCCAAGUACAUUUAUGAUUAGUCGUCCCGAUCCAGAUUCUUUUGACCAUGGGGAUGUUGAUAUGAGACAACAGCAUCAAACUAUUCCGCCCACUACGCAAACUUCGUGCUCUGCUCCUGUGACUGCGUGCAACAUACCUGUGCCGGAAAGUACACCAUCAUUCACCACUCAGUCUCAAGUUUCUUUGACAGUAACGACUACAACUACAGUCUCGUCUGUAGACUCUUCACUCUCGAUUUCCGGCAAAUCACAAGCAGAAUCUCAGUUACCCACUACUACACCAGUAACGCCAAGUACUGCUUCAACAGUUGUCCAAAAGGAUCCACCUAUAACCUCGAGUGGAUUCACGUUAGCGGAGGCUGAAGCAGCUCUCAGAUUUGAUGAUGACGACGAUGAUGAAGAUGACGAUGACAUUCAAAUACCUCGAUCAUCUAGACGUUUAAAGAAGAGAGCACGUUCUUCUAUUUCAACAACUAACAGUGGCAGUAAACUUGCAACUUCAAAAUCUGGUUCUUUGGAUGUUAAAGGCCAGUUGACAACUAUGCCUGAAGUCGACCUAAUCACAUCACGAAUAGUGCCUAAGCUAACGACAGCUAAUGUUGCUGACCUAGUUUUACUCAGCAUGGUCACUUUACCGGAUCAAAUGCCUGCUUCAUUCCAUUCAACAUAUACACCAAUAGCAGCUGCUGGGACAUCAGCUCAGAUUCGUCAUUUAGCACGUAUGCUUGCUGUACAGUUAAAUGUAUGGGCCUAUGAAGGUAGUCAUUACGAAGUGGUGGACAGGAUAAAUCAGUUAGAGUUACUAUUAAUUCCUGUUGAUGAAAACGGAGAUGAACAAGUCACUCGUAAACGUAUUUCAAAGGGUGAGGCACGUACUUCGGAACAAGGUGGUGAUAUGCAGAAAGAAUCGGUUAAAUCUAAAAAACGGCGUUUGAAUAUGUUGAGUGAUCAUGCUUCUGCUGAAAAUGAUCCUGAAGCUGAAGAUGCUUUAAUUCGCGCUAAUGCUGCUCGUAAAAUGCAUAGUGCGCAAACAAUGAAUAUAUCUACUCUAGUUGGAUAUAAUACACAGCAAAUGGUCACUGAUUCUGUAGAUAUAAACAUGCCUCCUCCUGGUGUACCUGGUCUAGUUCCUAUGUUUCAUGGUGUACCUCCACCAACUUCCCUAGCAUCCCAAAAUUCAAUGUCAUUACCUCCGACAGUUCCAAAUAUGAUGGUUCCUAGUUUUAAUCCGUCUCAGCCACCGCCUCUGUUAUUGCCUAUUAUGAUGCCGCCUAUGGUUCCACCACCAACACCAUCAACUCCACAAGCUCAAGCAGCAGUAGGUAGUGUCGGAGGUACUAUUCCUUUCAACCAGUAUACAAAUUCAAGCGUACCUAUACCCUUAAAUACUAUCUCGCAACCGGAUAUGAUUGUACCAACAGCUACUCGUCCAUUUUCACUUGACGCUAUAACUGCUUUCUUAAGCCGUGAUGUGCAGCGACAACUUGCUCGUGAUGCAUUCAUGCGUAUUUUAGAAGGCUUAGAGAUACCAUUCACUCGUCGCUUGUCGCUUAAUGAUGGUACAGUUGUACCUACACCUGGAAUAGAUUUAAUUCCUGGUCAGUAUGAUGUGAAUAGAAUGAAGUUAUUGACUCGUCUCACAACACGUCGUUUUGGUGGCAAUGAAUUUUAUAACAUACUCAUUGAUCACGCCAUCCAGAAUUUACGUUAUGGAUUUGAGUUGUUAUCAAAACUACUUAUGCAAGAAUAUUGUCGUUAUCGUGGUUUUCAAUUGAUUGGCUUUGGUUCAUUUCUGGAGUCACGUCGUCACCAAUUAACUGUGAUAAGAGAACAGAUUCGUAGGCGAUUAGAGCCAUCAAUGGAAGAUGGUGGCGAUGGUCGAUAUGGGAAAUCUGCAAUUGAUUCUAAGAAGGAUAUGCCAUGUUUAAAGAAUGCUGGUGAAGAGAAUGUUGAUGAAACCGCGAAUAGUGCUGUUGGAAAUCCUGAGAUGAUCAAUGCAGAUCACAAUGAGGAUAAUAGUUGCAUAAAUGCAUCCACAGAUGAAAUCUCCGUUGGAGAGAAGAAGAGCCUAGAUGGUGUAACAAAGACAUCAUUGAUAACAACAGCAGCAGAUAAUUCUUCAUUGAAACUGAAAGCUUCAAAUGAUGAUAAUGAUGAACAAGAAGGAGAAGUAGACGAGGAGAAGACCACAUCAACUCCCAGAAAUCUAUGCAAAACUCAGUCAAAAAGACUAAAAGAAACCGCAGACGUUAAACCGACCCGAGAAAAACUAGGUGUAUUGAAAGUGCCCUUAGCUCCUCCAGACGAUUUGGGUUGUCUUUCAUUUUAUGAUUGUUUACUAAUAGCAAUUUUACAAAAACUAUCCAAUCCUGAUAUACGUCAACAUUACUUUAGCAGAUUUCUAAUAGAAGCUCCACUUUUAACUCCAGGAGCGAUCAAUGAAUUAAAACGAUAUUGUUCAUCACCAGAACAAGCAGCAUAUGGAUUCGAGAUAUUACGUACGCUGAUCGAAACACGUCCAGUCAGUCAGAGAGAAGAUCUCUUAAAUAUGCUACUACACUUUUGUUCAGUUGAUGGAUUAGAAGUACGUAAGGCUGCACUGAAUGCUACCAGGGAAUUGGCAAGUUCCGAUUCAAGAUGGCAAGAUCACAUAGAGAUGUUCGCUGUACAAAUGCUUAAAAAGUUGUUACAACCGCGUCCAAGUCCAGAUAUAUUUCCAUUUCUUAACCAUGCUUCAAUACCAUCAACAUGGACUGAUGAAGCAUGUCAAGCAUGUGCACACUUAUUUCUGGGUUUAAUGCCUCAAAGUCCUUCACUUAUGCAUAAGUUAGCUGAAGUUUACACUCAAGCUAGUCCAAAUAUAAAACGAUGUUUAUUGAGAAUGGUCGAUUGUCCGAUACGUGAUAUCGGUAUUUAUUCAGUUGAUUUGCACGAUUUAGUUGAUAACUGUCCAAAUGGUGCUGAGACUUUAGUAACACGUAUGAUUCAUAUACUUACUGACUGGCCAUCUUCUGCCUCUGCUGCAAACAGCACAUCUGUUUUAAACUCUGCUUUGAUAAAUACUACUACCAAAACACAAUCUUUACCUCUUAGCCCUGGAUCGACUGUUAAUCAAACAAAUAUCACACAGAUAGGACCAGCUGUGAUUGUUCCACCACCUUCAUUAGUUCAACGUGUAUUUCAUCUCUAUCAAGACAAAGUACAGGAUGUUCGAUGUCUUAUUCCCGUGAUUGUUGGUUUAUCCAAACAAGAGGUAAUAGCUGCUUUACCGAAAUUAAUACAACUGAAUGAGAAAGUUGUAAAAGAAGUAAUAACUCGACUGCUUCAUGCAAGUGUGUCUACUCAGUAUGCUCCACUAGUUAAAGGUGUGAAAAAUAUCUCGUUCGACCCAACAAACCAACCCGCCCCAUCUGGUCCAUUGAGGCCUGAGGAGCUAUUGGUUGCUGUUCAUUUGUUAGAAUUCGCUAAGGAUCCUGCAGCACAGUCACAAAAUGAAGGCAAACCUGCUAAACCUUAUGUAAAUCUCCAAUCUAUACUUCAUGCAUGCCGUGUCUGUUUCGCUGAACGUCGAUUAUUUACGCAAGAACGUUUAUCUGUUGCGAUUGGCCAACUGUUGGAGCAACCUGUUUUACCCACCCUAUUUAUGCGUACUGUUAUGCAAGCGUUAGCUUUACAUCCUCGAUUGACUGGUUAUGUAAUCAACGUAUUAGUUAGAUUAAUUCGUAAACAGGUGUGGAAAAGUGAAAAGCUAUGGGAUGGAUUUAUCAGGUGUUGUGCUAAAACCAGACCACAGAGUUAUCAAGUUCUGUUACAAUUACCGCCUGAUCGAUUGGAAGCUGUAUUUCAACGGGAAACAGCUAUGCGAGGCCAAGUUAAACGUUAUGUGGAGAAUUUCUCUUCAGCUCAGCGUAUUCAUAUAUCAAAAGCAAUUGUUGAAGUUCUAGAACGUCUGCCAACUCCUCCUCGUGUACCAACACCUGAGAUUCAAUCUAAACUGAACGGUGAUACAGCAGAAACUGAAGGCCAAAAUCAGACUGUAUCUCCAGGAAACAGUCCAUCUUCAUCCGGUCCAGGUACACCAACACGUGAUGAAAUGCCCCAUUAUGAUGCACCACCAUUUAUGACUGCUGCAAUGUUUGUUCAGCAAACUCCUAAUCCCGCUAUCAAUAUGAUGUCAUCAUCUCAAGAAACUUCAUCUCUCAUGCAAUCCGGUACUUCUGUUAUCGAUAACCAAUAUCAAAUUCAUCCAUUUACUGCAUCAAAUCCUAUACAACAGAUAGGUUCAUUUAAUCCAACUUCUACUAAGCCAAAUCUUAUCACAUCUUUGCCGCCGUUAUCAUCUAGACAACAAAAGGCUUCAUCAUGUGGUCUAACCAACAAUAUAAAUACUUCCAAUAUACCUGGUGAUCCUGAAGUUGAUCCAACUAUGGAGGAUCUUUUUGAAGCUGAUUGUCAAAACCAAUCACCGUCCCCAUCAUCACCACGAGCACCGUUGAUGGAUGAAUACGAUAUAAUGAAUCAUUCACCACCUCAAAUCACAAUGGAUGUAUCGCAUCAGUUGAAGAAACAUCUCAAAUCAAAACCAUCUUUAGUAUUACAAGAAAUUGAAAAUGAUGCAUUGGAUUUUGAAGAAAACUCUGAUCCGCUAGUUGAUCCCGAUACAUCAUAUUCACAAUUUCAUCAUGGAAGCCUUGGCGAGGACAGUGAUGCUGAUAUUACUACAAUUACUUAUAAUAAUCGCAAUGAGGAUGAUGGUGAACCACCCAUACUUCCUGCUUCUCGUAUUGAUCCUGUUACUAGUUUGAAACGUUGGCGUGAAAGUGAACACAAAGAAGAUACUUCCAAGUUACCAGUUGAAGAAUGGAAUAAGCAGUUAGAUGAGAAGAAUCAAGAGCUUUCACAAUAUCAUUCAGGUUCCGGUGUCGGUGGCAAUACUACUAGUAGUCGACCGAAGCGUCCAGUCGAUUUAAACAAGUUGGAAGCUGAUAGGAAGCGUCUAGAAGAAGAGGCAAUCAAAUAUAAACAGUUAAAGGCUGAAAGAAAAUAUCAUCAACACCGAAAACAGCAACCACCUCCAUCUGGUUCAACGGGAUCCGAAUAA